AACUAGACACCCCUCCACUCUACUCCUUAAAAUGUUCCAUUCCGCUGCCAAUGCAAGUGGAUACGGCGACACCAAUUCUGGAUUCCACCAACACCACCUUCAGCAAUCUCCGGUCUACGUGCCCAGCAACAGGAUGCCCCAAUACCCCUCGUCAGCGGGUACUCACUUUGGGACCGCUCACCAGAGUAGUUGGCAUACCGGCGGUGGCUACGGAGAGAUGUCCGCCCCCAGCGCUCACGGGCUGGGAACAUCUCCCCAUCACGCCGGAGCGCUGGCGGGGCAGUUUUACGCGCAGAAUAUGAUGAUGGGGGGAUGGAGGCCUUACGAUGCUAGGGGGUUCCAGAGCACGUCACCUUACGAUGCUGGCAUGGAAUUUCAAUUUGGGGAAGGCAGGGAAUGCGUCAACUGUGGAGCAAUAUCAACCCCUUUGUGGAGGAGGGAUGGUACCGGACAUUAUCUGUGCAAUGCCUGCGGACUCUAUCAUAAAAUGAAUGGCAUGAAUAGGCCGCUAAUUAAACCAUCAAAAAGACUGACUGCAACUCGAAGACUAGGUCUCUGCUGUACGAACUGUGGAACAAGAACGACCACCCUCUGGCGAAGGAACAACGACGGCGAGCCUGUGUGCAACGCGUGCGGUUUAUACUUCAAACUGCACGGUGUGAACAGGCCCUUAGCCAUGCGCAAGGACGGUAUCCAAACGCGCAAGCGCAAACCAAAGAAACCAGCAGGCGGAGACCGUGAUGACAGUAGCUCCGCCUCGACUGAAGAUCCCAAAACACCAUCUAUGGUACAUCCGCCCAACCAGCAUCACCCAUCGCAAAACCAACAGUCUUCAUCCCAGAACCUUCAGAAUCACCAGCUGGACAAACCUUCACCUGUAGAAAGACCAUACUUGGGUCAAACCUCGCUUCUCCCAGCUACGAGCACUAGUGCCAUAAAGAGCGAACCAGCUUUCGACUAUAGCUGCGUUCAGAAUCAACCUUCCUACCCUUAUCAACAAAUAUUUGGAUUUCCUGCAAGUACGUCGAGUAACAGCGAGAUGGCGUACCAUCAUCAACACCACGUGACAGCAGCGGCCAAACUGAUGGCCUCGUCCUAAUGUAUGUCCUUCAUUGAGUACUGAUUUGUUCAUAUACUCGUAAACAUAGCCACUAUCCCGAUGGUUGAAGGUCUGGAAAGACGCUGAAGUCAGAAUUUGUGUCAUUGGGCCACAAAGUGAAAUAUUAAAAUUCAAAAUCUUCGACAACUAUAUCCGUAUGAGAAUUUUUGAACAAACCAAAUAUCACUUCAUUCAAGUACCUUGGUAGGUUCAAAAGAAAAAUUGAAGGUCAUAUCAAUAUCAUUUUUCUUUCCAUAUGGUGCUUACUGGCAUACUGUGGCAUAUCAUUCUUAAUCUACCUAUUUAUAUUUCGCUUGUCGUAAGGCUAAACAUAUACAGUGCAUUUCUUUAAUGUCCUGCCCUUUUAUUUUUUG